AGUAUGGAUGAUUCACUUAAAAAGUAUAUAAUUUUCAUAGAACUCAUUUAAAAAAAAUACUCAAAAUGUAAAAAAAUGUUAAUGAAAUAAUAAAAAUCCAAAUUACUUAAAAUAACCGUAAAUAGUUUUCAACCAAUUAUUAUUGUUUACUACAUUAUUUAUAUAUUAAUGAGGUUGCCAACUCCAUGAAUAUUUUUUUUCAACAUUGAACUUAUCGCACUCUGCUGAUGCAUUUGAAAACUAUUUUACGUUCCAAUUAAGAUUCAGCAUAAUUCAGCAUUGUGUGCUAUUGAGUCGCAUUAUGCGCUGUAAUUGGAAAGCUACCUUUAUGAAUAUUUGAAACAUCUAGAUUAUAAAAGUUUGGCGGAAACGAGUGAGAGUGGUUAUAACCAUGGACAAUACCCUCCAAAAAGUCCACUGAGAAAUCUCAGUAAAUGACCACCAUUUUACUGCGAUUAUAUUUCAUUCCAUAUCAUCUCAUUUCAUUUAAUUUCAUCCCAGUUGAUUAAUGUCUCAAAUUAAUCAUCUUCAUUUCAUUUCACUCCAUUUUAUCAUUUUUCAUAGAAAUAAGAAUAUAAAUUAAAAUAAGACAUGACUUAAAGGUCUUUUUUACCAGGUCAUAAAAUCCAUUAAAAAAAAUCGCUCCACUGAUUAGCGUUUGAGAAAGUUAUGAAGUUUCAUAAUAUGUAGUAAUUAGUAAGACAACUUCCCAAUAAAGUUGUUUUUAAGUGCACUAAUCAUUGAAAAUGACAGAAACAAAAAUAGCCUUUCUAUAUAAAAUAGCGUCUUCCUUACCAUCAAAUAUAUCCAACAAUCUUCAAAAUGUGUUGAAAAGUUAUUAUUUAAUGAAAUGUAAAGAAGUAACUAAAGGUUAUGGACUACCAGAUAAACAUUUCUCAACAGCUGCAAGAUGCCCGCACUGCUGCCUAGAAUGGAAAAAAGGAACUAAUAUCAAACUUAAUCCAAUAAAACUGAGUAAAAGGCAGAGGAAACGAAGAAAACAUUUAAAGGAUAGAACUAAAAAGGGGAAAACACAAGCACAAAACUCUUUGCUGCAAAUGAAUGAAAUGGAAAAGAUAUGCAUGUUUUGCAAGAAAAGUGUUAAAACACAAAUCCUUAAACCUGAUAGAAUUAAACCAAAGGCUAUCAUGGAGAACAACAUGAAAAAUAGUAUCAACAAUCGUAGUAUAGAGAAAAAAGAAAUAGGAUCAAAUAAAGCAAAACCCACUAAACAAGUAAACGAUAGAAUAUCUCAAAAUAUCAAUAUUUACUCAAACACAAUAGAAGUUUUUAAAUUAAACAAUAAAAAUAAUACACUCGCAAGUCAAGUGAAAGAACCACCAAAAAUAAUAAACAAUAAUAAAAAGAGGAAGGACAAGUAUGCAGGUCUGUGUAAAAUGGCUGUUCUGGCUGCUGCUAAACUGAAGGAGGAAAAACAAAAACAACAUAAUAGUAAAUUAAAUCUAUUUCUAAAACCAUCUUUAUAGUGUAAUAUAUAAACAAUACUUAUAAAAAUUUAAAUUAAUAUUGUUGGAAGAUAAGCGCUGGAAAAUUAAGUGUCAAUAAUUCUUGACAAUAAAAGGACAAUGAUUGAAAA